UUGAGAUUCGUCGGAAUCCUGUGCAAAUAUGGCGCGCGAAAUCAGUCACCCAAACAUUUUCCCCCGCAAAAAUUAAUAAAUUUGGGACUCCAUUCUUUCCUCCAUCUCUGUAAGCUCCCGUUUUCGUUACCUUGCCGAGAAAGGGCAGCCGAAAAUUCCCAAAUCCCUGAUGGGAGGAAACCUCUGAGGUCUCUUUCUCUCAAAGAAGAACAACAAUGGCGCCUCUGUUACCUUCCUCUGUUUUUGCAUCCCUUCUACUGCUCAUCCUGCUUUGCGUUUCUCCUUCUGCAAUUCAUGCCGGCGGCGACCGCAUCCCUUCAACUCUGGACGGCCCAUUUGAGCCCGUCACGGUUCCCUUCGACCUCAGCUUGCGCGGCAACGCUGUUGAUUUGCCCGACACGGAUCCUCGCGUCGUGCGCCGGGUCAAUGGGUUCGAACCGGAGCAGAUAUCGGUUUCGCUUUCCGCGAACCACGAUUCUGUCUGGAUCUCUUGGGUUACAGGUAGUUUUCAAAUUUGGGGGGAAUUUUGGUUUGCAUUUUAUUGGGUUUCAGGGGAGUUUCAAAUUGGGUACAACAUAAAGCCAUUGGACCCAACAACUGUUGGCAGCAUCGUGCGAUAUGGGAAGCAUCGAUAUCCAUUGAGACACGAAGCCAAGGGCAAAUCACUCGUUUACAGUCAGCUUUAUCCGUUUGAAGGCCUCCAGAAUUACACCUCCGGAAUCAUCCACCAUGCCCGCCUUACAGGGUUGAGGCCUGACACGAUGUAUUACUAUAGGUGUGGGGAUCCAUCAAUUGGGGCCAUGAGCGAUAUCUACAGUUUCAGGACAAUGCCAGCUUCUGGUCCAAAAAGUUACCCUAGGAAGAUUGCAAUAUUUGGGGAUCUUGGCCUUACGUACAACACAACUGCCACGAUAAGUCACGUUAAGAGCAACAACCCUGACCUUGUUGUGCUGGUUGGCGAUGUGUGCUAUGCAAAUCUCUACCUUACAAACGGAACGGGCGCUGACUGCUACUCUUGCUCUUUCUCCAAUACUCCCAUCCAUGAGACUUACCAGCCUCGUUGGGAUUACUGGGGACGGUUUAUGCAGGACUUAAUUGCUAAAGUUCCAAUAAUGGUGGUGGAAGGAAACCAUGAAAUAGAGCCACAGGUUGGGGGCCAAACAUUUGUGUCCUACAGUUCGCGGUUUGCAUUCCCUUCCGAAGAGAGUGGAUCACGAUCCACCUUCUACUACUCAUUCAACGCUGGUGGAAUCCAUUUCGUCAUGCUUGGAGCAUACAUCUCCUAUGAUCAUUCAUCCGAGCAGUAUAGGUGGCUGGAGAGGGAUCUGGCCAAUGUGGACAGAUCGAUCACUCCGUGGCUGGUUGCUGUGUGGCAUCCGCCUUGGUACAAUUCAUAUAAUGCCCAUUACAGAGAGGUUGAGUGCAUGCGGGUGGAAAUGGAAGAACUUAUCUACUCAUAUGGUGUCGACAUAGUCUUCAAUGGACAUGUUCAUGCCUAUGAGAGAUCGAAUAGAGUGUACAACUACACACUGGAUCCUUGUGGCCCUGUGUACAUCACGGUUGGUGAUGGCGGCAAUAGGGAAAAGAUGGCUGUUGAACAUGCUGAUGAACCUGGUGAGUGUCCCGAACCAUCAACUACAGCUGAUGAAUACAUGGGUGGAUUCUGUGCAGCAAACUUUACAACUGGCCCAGCAGCUGGCAACUUCUGCUGGGAUCGACAGCCAGAUUUCAGCGCCUUCAGGGAGAGUAGCUUUGGCCAUGGAAUUCUCGAGGUAAAGAAUGAAACUUGGGCGCUAUGGAAAUGGCACCGAAACCAGGACGCGGUGAGCGAAGUAGGGGACCAGAUCUACAUAGUGAGGCAGCCUGAGAGAUGUCUUCGCACUGCCCCCCAAACUAGGCAAUGGAUCGCGGACCUUUAAGAUGGACCAGUGCUUCUUCCAGACUGAACUGAGAGAGUUAUUACAGGCAAGAGUUGACAUUCAGGGUCUGUUAUGGCAUGGGUAGAACAGAAUGAAUAGUUUAGACGAGGGGAAAGCACUUAGUUCCGUUUUAAGUGGAUCCUUCCCCAUUCCUAGAAGCUAGAACUGCCUUGACUUCUUAUUAUUGUUACAAAGUGAAAGUACGAAAUGAGAUAUGCAAUCGCCAUCGCCAUCGCCAUCGGUCAAUUUGAUUUACCAUUGUUGCUUAGGUCUUGGGAUGACGCAUUUUGUCUUGGGUCAUGCAAAAAAAAAAAAAAA